AUGGGGACCCUGAGCCCAUCCAGAUCCCAGAGAUCCAGACUUCCAGAAGCUUCCAAGGCUCUGGCCACAGGCCCCAGCUCCCCUGAGCUCUUUGAGGAAUCCUGGCCAUCCAGCUCAGGGACCCCUUCCCCACCCAGCAGCACUGAGGGCCAGGUGAGAGCCUCUCCACCACCCACCGUGACUGACAGCGGGGACUCCGUGGUGGCCAAGUACAUAAACCGGUUCCGACAGGCUCAGCCCACAAGCCGAGAAGAACGCCAGUCUGCAGGCCCAACUCCAGCUGACUUUUGGUGGCUGCAGCCUAAAUCUUCAGACCCUGGCAGUCAACUUGCAGCAGGAGCCCGUGAACCAGAAGGAAGACCCAACACAGCAGUCCUGACUCAUGCUAAGAUGGCCAGUGCAUCGAAGGCUAAGGCUAUGGCACCCCUUCAGGAAAUAAAGCAGAGUCUCAACACAUGGAACUCAUCCCUGCUGGACUUGGAGACACUGAGCUUGCAAAGCAGAGCUGCCAGGCUGCUCAAACGCAGCACGGCCUCCAUCUCCUCCACCUCCUCGCUCAGCCCCAGCGAUGGCGGCAGCUCCUCAUUCCCCGUCAGCUCUGCUGGCCUCUCUCCCUUCUCCAUGACCUUCACUCCUGACUCCAUCAAGGACCCUGACCUCAAGGCACAAGCAACCCCAGCAUCUGCCCCCAUCCCUACUCCUGCCCCGGCCUCCUCUCAGGCACCCCUGCGGCCAGAGGAUGACAUUCUGUACCAGUGGCGGCAGCGGCGGAAACUUGAACAAGCUCGAAGAAGCCAGGGUGACGGAACCUGGGUGCUGCCGCAGACCCCUGCCCUCACCACCUCGGUCCCUUCCCCCAUCUGUCCACAGCCACCUCCUCCCGCUGCGGAGACCCUUGGUUCCCUGGGAACCCAGUCUAACUCCAUCCCACUUUGGGGCAGUGUGGUUCCGCCUGGUCUCCAGGAAGCUUUCCGCAUGGAGAGGCCUCCUAUUCCCCCAGGGUUCUCUCCACACAUCUUUUGGGGUCCCAGUCCCCAUGGAUUCUUCUGGGCCCCACAGCCCAGUCCCUGGAUAUCUCUUGGGGUCAUCCCUCCAACACUCCCGGCCUCCACCCCAGCGCCCCCGGCCUCCACCCCAGCACCCCCGGCCUCCACUCCUGCCCCUCCAGCCUCAGCCCCUGCGCCCCGUGCCUCCACACCCACGACCCCUGCAGCCCCCCAGGGGCCCCCCAUCCCUGCACCAAGCAGCCCAGAGGAGCUCGAGAAGCAGACCUCCAAGCCUCGGAGAAGGAGAGCCCAACGCCGGGAGUCUUCAGGGCGAGUCAUGGCCGCGGAUGAGCACGAGGGCCCUGGCCCUCAGCUCAGAGGCGCGCUGGGACAGGUGGUGACGGCUCGGCUGUUUCCGGACAGCCUGGAGGACACGCCCCCCCGGCUUGAGGGCCCGCCUCCACACGAGGCUGAACCUCGGAAAGCCAAGGCCACACACGCUCUGACCCCUCGCUCAGAGGUCACGGCUCAUGUAUCUGAAUCUCCGGGUCGGUCUAAGGCGGGGUCUCGGAAUGCCAAGACCCUGCGCCCCCUAGCGGGAUCGGUGCUUAGGAAGGACAAAGACACUCCCUUGGCUGAAGUCAAGUGUCUGCAGCCCAAGAUCCUGCCUCCUCCAGCUGAGGUGGUGGCCACUUGUGUUAAGGCCCCGCCCCCUCCGUUCGAGGCGGGGUCUCUUGAGGUGGUAGCCACGCCCUCACCCUCUGCUGGCCACGCCCCCUCAGAAGACCUACUCUCCCAAGCUGCCAGACUUCUGCAGGCUGCGGAAGACUCCGAUGGCAGCGAGUUCCAGGACGACCCUAUACUGCAGGUGCUAAGGAUUCAAAGGACGGCGCUGCGCCGGCAGAAAAGGAAAGUAGAUGCCCAAAUAGCCUGCCUGCUGGGCCACCCUGAAGACCCAGAGUCUUGGUCUCCUCCAGCCAGGUCGCCCCCCCAGAUCCCCAAGGCUGCAGCUGAGGAGGGAAGGAGCCUCUUUUGA